GUAUACUUGUUCUUGUAGUUGGUUUUUCCUCUUCUAAAGAAAUAUGGAAUUCUCUUGAAAGAAACUUUGCUAGCCAAUCAAGAGCUAGGAUAAUGCAACACAAGCUUGAGCUGCAAACCAUGAAGAAAGGAAGCCUAACCAUGAGAGAGUAUUUGAACAAAAUGAAAACUUGUUUUGAUCUUCUAGCUGCUGUUGGUGAAAGGGUCAGUGAGUCUGAUCAAGUCCUACAUCUAUUAAGUGGUUUAGGACAAGAAUAUAAUUCUAUCAUGGUAGCUGUUACUUCUAGGUUGGAACCUUGGACCAUGAUUAAUCUUCAGUCUCUUCUUUUAAGCUAUGAGUCAAGGCUAGAUUUUCUGACCACCAAU